UGGCCUGCCUUGUUCAAAGCACAGGGAACCGCACUCAAAUGCAGUACGACCUACCAGCCACAAACUGAUGGUCAAACGGAGGUCCCAAUCGAUGCUUGGAAAAGUAUUUAAGGUGUUUUUCUUCAAGUAGACCACAAGUAUGGGGCCGAUAUUUACAUUGGGCUGAAUUUUGGUAUAGUACAUCCUUCCAUACCACGACCAAAUAGACCCCUUUUCAGAUUGUCUAUGGCCUUGAUCCUUCCCAGAGUUUAGCAUUUUAAAAAGGAAUGACUGCUAGCUCGUCGGUUGAGCAACUGCUAUUAGACCGUGAUGAAGCCUUGAAGGAACUAAAAUUACAGCUCUCUAGGGCUCAAACAAAUGAGAAUGAAAGAGGCAGCAGAGGGCAUCGCCGUGACAUUCCGUUUGCUGUGGGAGAUUUGGUUUAUCUCAAACUCAGGCAUUAUUGUCAGAAGUCUAUGGCUAAACGACAUUCAGAAAAGCUGUCCCUGUGGUAUUAUGGCCCGUUUGAGGUGGAAUCAAGGGUUGGCCAGGUAGCGUACAAGCUGAAGCUGCCUGUCACCGCAGCUAUUCAUCCUGUUUUCCACAUAUUCCAGCUCCGGAAGGCCAUUGGUGAUUUACAGCCAGUUUCUGCACUUCCUUCUCAACUGGCUGCUACUGGGGAGUUCAUUACGGAACCGGAGACCGUGUUAGGAGUUCGUCCUAAUCCUACAAACAGAACAGCAGGACCUGAUGUCCUAAUCAAGUGGAAGAACCUACCAGAAUUUGAGGCAACCUGGGAGCCUUUUGAAACAAUCAGGGGGCAGUUUCCUAGCUUCCACCUUGAGGACAAGGUGGAUUUCGGGCCUGCGGGGUAUGAUAGACCUCAAAUCUGGUUCACCUAUGCUAGAAGGGAGAAAAGGAAUGGCACAUCCAACAUAGAGGGCUACCAUGACAAAUAGUUAUUAGCUAGGGGUAAAAGAGUAAUAAUAUGUAGUAAGAGAAUUCCAAUAAAUGUGAAGGAUGGUGGGAUGUUUGCAUUAUUCUUUCCACUGGAUUUCAGUUAGAGGGGAGAGACCGGAGGUUCUGGAUCCACUGAUAUUGGGAAGAAGAAAAUCUUGCUCUUGAAGGGUAAAGAGAGAGAAAGUUCUACUGUAAGUUAUUUCUUUUUUAUUAAUAAAAUAAGUGUGUUUGCUUAUAAUAAAUUAGAAAAUGACUGAAAUCCAAGAGGUAAACUAGUUUUCUUGUCUUUCCUCUGAAUGAAUUGUAAUUUCACCAGUAUG